GUUAUCUCGCAGGAGGCCUAAGGACGACAAGGUGAGCGAGCUCUUGGCCGAGUAGACGCCCCCUUCGAAUCAGAGUCCACCGGCACACCGAACGGCGAAGCGGCCUACUCACAUGGACAAGACGUUUGUGGAAGAAGACUUCAUGAUGACUGGUAUGGGGGGAGCGAACGGUAACAACCCAAACAUAUUUGGGGCCGGUGCUUUCUCGAUGCCACAGAACAACGGCAUCGGCACAGGCGGCCUCAACAUGCCGAUGAACAUGGGCGCGAUGCAAAGCAUGAUGUACAUGGGAGUUCCUCCGAAUAUGGCGUCGAUGUAUAACCCUUCGGCAUCGAACUCGAUGGACGACUUGGGAUCGGCUGCGAUUGAAUUUCCGCCGGAACUGGGCGGCGAUCCCCCAAAGCUGACCCCGGCGGCGGCAACCUUGAACAGCGGCGGUGUCAUGGAUCCAACUUCGAUGAUGGGCAUGAACCCAAUGAUGGCGGCUGGAAUGAACCCUCAUCUGUACAUGAGUCCCGCGAUGCAGCAAAUGCAGUACAAUCCGAUGUUUGGCGGGUACGCACCACAGAACCUCAACAUGUUGCAGCAGCACCAGAUGCUCCAGGCGCAGCAGCAGCAGUAUAUGCAGUUCAUGCAGCAAAAUAUGCUCAAUAUGAACAACAACCAGACCAACUUGAGCGGCAACUCUGGCAUGUUGGGAGCCCCGGCCACCAACGGCCUCGGGACCCCACAACAGCCCCACCCGUCCAUUGCACAGCCAUCUGCGGUGAACACAGCGACGUCCGCUGCCAACAACGCGAACAACAACAACGCUGGUAGUUGGCGGUCUCCGUCCGACGACCCCCAACGAAAGGACGUGAUCGGGCGCAUCAUUCGAUUCCUUCAAAUGCAGAAACCCAACGCCCCGCCCGACUGGAUACGACGGCUGCCUCAGAUGGCAAGGAAGCUCGAGGAAGCGUUGUACCGCAAGGCUAACUCGAAGCAAGAAUACAACGACAUGAAUACACUGCAGCAACGGCUACAUGUCGUGGCGCAGGAAUUCAAGAACAAGGACUGGCGGUCCACAGACGACAAUGGGAUCCGGCAAGACCUCAUCCACCGCAUCGUGAUGCUGCUGCGCGCACAAAACCCAAAUGCGACGCCCGACUGGAUCAACCGACUGCCACACAUGGCUAAGAAGCUCGAGGAAAUGCUGUACCAAAAGGCAACAUCCAAGGCCGAGUACACUGACAACGCGCGACUGAAGGAGCGGUUGCAAGUUGUCGCGACGGAAAUUCACAAGAACAAUCAGAAGAAGGGAGUGCCCCCGCCGACGACUGCACCCAAGACGGAGCUCCCAACGGCACCGACAGCCCCAUCCGGUCCUGCCAAGAUGGAGGCGAUUGCAAUGCCAGCAGAGCUUAACAACCCGUUUCUCGACAACGCCCGGGCGAUUGCAUCGAUUUUGACGCCGCGAACGAUCACCGAGUACAACCACAAAGUGCUCACGAUGAUCCAGAACAUCGGACAGCACCGCGUCGUGCUGAUGCGGCAGCAGCAGCGGCUCAUGCAGCUCAAACACGCUUGCGAGUGCAAGCAAGACAAGUGUGCGCAGCUUGCGUGUGCUGAGAUGAAGCCGCUGUGGGCCCACAUCCAAACGUGUCCAGAGAACGAGAACUGCUCGACGCCGCACUGCGUGAGUUCGAAAUACGUGUUGGCGCACUACCAGCAGUGCAUGAAGAGCACGUGUGUUGUUUGUGCAUCCCUCAAUCAGCCACCGCAGCCCCAACCGACCAACUCACUCCAACAGCAGCACCAGUUCAAUCACAUGGUCCAACAGCAGCAAAAACAACACCUACAACAACAACAGUUCAAACAAAAUAGCCUUCCGCCCCAUCACCUCGUCGGAGCAGCUAUGUCGCACCAACCCCUCCAAAUGCCCCUCGAGCUCAAGGACGAAGGAAAGCCGCAGUCGCACUUUGCUUCCCAAGCCAAAAUUAUCAGUAGCACCCUCCCGGAGAACAUCAUCCGCGACUACCACCAAAAGGUUGACUUUAUGAUGAACGACUCGACCCAACUUCAGCACCAAUCCAUUCUACAGCGACAGCAGCAGCGGCUUCUCGAACUCCGACACGCGAGCGAGUGCAAGCUGGAAAAAUGCACCCAGCCGUCCUGCCACGAGAUGAAGCCGUUGUGGGCCCACGUGCUCACGUGCAGACAAGCCGACACGUGUUCGACGCCGCAUUGCGUGAGUUCCAAGUAUGUUUUGGCGCACUACCAGCACUGCGCCAAGCCCAACUGCGUCGUAUGCCUUCCUCUUCGAGACAUCAGGACGGAGCCCCAACACACUGCAGACAAGAUCCGACAAUUUACAGAAAAGGCGAAGGGGGCUGCCAAUAUGCUGACGACGAGGCAGACCCAGGAAUACCACGCCAAGGUGCUGGGCAUGAUGCACGUCAAGUGUGUGGCCCAAAACCAGACGAUUCUCGAGCGCCAGCAGCAGAGGCUCCUGCACCUCCGCCACGCACUCUUCUGUCCCACGGACAAGUGCGUCCUGCCGUAUUGCGCCGAGAUGAAAAAGCUGUGGACUCACGUCAUGGGGUGCAAAAAGUCAGAGAGUUGCGCGUAUGCACACUGCCUGAGCUCCAAGUACGUGUUGUCGCACUUUCAGCAAUGCACCAACCCGGCGUGUGUCGUGUGUGCGCUGGUGCGGGAUGCCGGCGAGAUGGAAAAGUCCAUGGAGGAGGAAGCAAGAGCGAACGCAGUCGAGAAGAAGGAGCCAGCUGCACCAUCGCAGUCGACGGCUCCACUGAAACGAGGGUCGUCGGUGAUGGAGGCAGACCAGCAGCCGCCUAUGAAAAAGCCAGCACCAACUCCACAGACUGUCAAACCCCCCACACCCCAGGCAGCACCGCAGCCGAUCCCCAUGCCGGCAAAUUUGCCGUCGGCCCCUCCAAAACCUGCAACACCGACCCCAGUGAAAGCAGAUAAAGUUGAAUCCCCGAAACCAACUCCGCCUUCUGCCGCACCGACACCGAAAGCGGCGACUCCCGUACAACAAAUGAUUGCAUGUCCGCCGGAACUGCUCAAAGACGAAGACGAGUUUACAUUUAUGGACGGCAUCGAGGAAGAGCUCGGAGACGAUUUGUUGGGAAGCGAUGAGUUAGCGUUUGACUUUUGAACAGUGAAGCACAUAAUAUAUUGUUGGGCAAGCCAGUUGCUAGAAGCCGGUGAGGCGAAGCCGGGGACCGAUCUCGGUGGCUGUGGGAAACAGCACGGUAGAGGGAACGAUUUGUGCCGGCGUGCGGG